AUGUCUCUCUUCCAAAUCUCAAUCUCUGCAAGGAAACUAGCAGAACAAGAAUCAAACCAGUUUCAACUAUUGAAAUACCACAAAGGAGCUCUUCUCUCCGGCAAAGUAUCCGUUAACCUAAUCUGGUACGGAAAAUUCAAGCCAUCUCAUAGAGCAAUCAUCUCCGAUUUCAUCACCUCACUCUCACAUUCACCUUCAAAAACUCCAAACCAACCAUCUGUCGCCACGUGGUGGAAGACCACCGAGAAAUACUACAAACUCGCCGCAGGCGAUAAAAACCCAUCUUCAUCUCUCUCACUCACUCUCAAGACACAAAUCCUCGACGAGUCUUACUCUCUCGGAAAAUCACUAACCGAUAGAGAGAUUCGCAAACUAGCUUCCAAAGGAGAACAAUAUGAUGCGGUUAACGUCGUUUUGACUUCAGCUGACGUGGCGGUAACAGGAUUCGGUAUGAGCCGGUGCGGGACCCACGGAUUCGCUCGUGGUAAUUCGGGGAAACGCGGAUCCAAAUUCGCUUACAUUUGGGUUGGAAACUCCGAAACGCAGUGUCCGGGUCAAUGCGCGUGGCCAUUCCACGCGCCGGUUUACGGUCCUCAGAGUCCACCACUCGUGGCGCCGAACAACGAUGUUGGACUCGACGGUAUGGUGAUUAACUUAGCCAGUCUUUUGGCCGGUACCGCAACAAACCCGUUUGGUAACGGUUAUUACCAGGGCCCACAAAACGCACCGCUAGAAGCUGCGUCUGCGUGUCCUGGCGUUUAUGGGAAAGGAGCAUAUCCUGGUUACGCCGGGGAUUUGCUUGUGGAUACUACGACGGGAGGUAGUUUUAAUGCGUAUGGAGCAAACGGCAGGAAGUUUUUGCUCCCUGCUUUGUAUGAUCCUACGACGUCGGGUUGCUCUAUUAUGGUUUGA